UCAGCAGGAGAUGGAAGACCCACUCAAAUGAGGUGAUUGAUGAGAACUUAGGGGAAGACCGACGAAAGGGUAGACAGUCCAAGGGAUCCCCACCACGCUCCGGGUCCAGUAAAGGAGAGAACUCACUGCCCUUAGACUGAGGGGCUGGAGCAGGAAGUGGUUAUGGCACCUUUCAUACCUCCGACAGGGAGGGAGCUGGAGGGUUUGCACCCAACCACAUGCUCCAUGCCUGCAGUUACGCAACAUACCACAGGUCAGAGAGCCAAGAACCCAUGGAGAUUUUCAAGCAGGUCAGCAGACAGAGAUCCCCAGGGAGGAAGGAAAUGCUUUUAAGGCUCAAGGAGUAGCUAGCGUUCUAAUGGGAGGACACCAGGCAGUGGUGUGAAUAUUUUGGGGGGGGGUCUCCCUGCAUCUGUGUACUCAUCAGCUGCUCUUUCCGGCUUCUUAGCAUGUGGGCUGUCCUGGUCCAGGGUCAUACGCUCCUUGUUUUUGCCCAUUCUUAUGAGGUCCUAAGCUCCACUGUGGCCCUUCCAAACCCUAAAGAAAAUGGGGCAGGCUAUUAGGCAGCCUGUGCCUCUCUGCUCUGCUGCAGUGACUCAGUGUGAGCUCCUGCAUGUGGGCGUGGGAGCAGGGAGGAAAUUCUCUCCCGACAUGGAGCUAAUUCCGUACUGGGGCUGGCAGCCAGGCCUGCGGCUGGAACAUCUGCAGGCACUGUGUGGUUUCCAGGUUCCCGAGUCUCUCAGAGCCUGGGGAGACAGGGAUUGUAACCCUGGAAGUGUCCUUGGAGCCAUCCUUGGGAGUUGAGUGGGCCCUGCUCUCUGCCCUGGAAGCUAGGAGAUCUGGUGAAUGAGACCAGCCCAGAAACUCUGACAGCAGGCAAAGACAUCGGCACCCACAGUUGUCCAGGCUGUGGGAGGCUGCUAUGUGCUCAGGAGAGACAUUUUUUGAGGGCAAGAGUGGUGGCUGGCAGAUCUUACUACAUUCCAGCUACUGGCUGAGGCUGUGAUCUUGGGCUUUGGGAUCAAAAAGUCCUUGGAUCAGGGUGUAAAGGUAUCUGCUGCAUCGAACUUUAAACUUCACAUUGUCCUCCGUUCUGCUCAGCCUUGUGGAAUUUCCCCCCUGGACAUUGGGUUUCUCAAGACUCUACCCCUGAAACUAUGUAAUUUACUGCACCCUCCUCUCUGCUUGCCACCGAUACCCCCCACGUUUAUGAUCAUGCCUGUUUGUAAUAGAUGACCCCUACCCUUGUGACCAUGCAUCCUAUGAGGCCCUUCCCCUCCCUAAAAUAGAUUACACCUUUAACUGACCACUUGCCCCAACCUGUAAAACCAGCUUCUAUCUCACCACCACCACCCUCUGCUGACUCCCUUUUCAAACUCAGCCCACAUGCACCCGGGUGAAUAAACAGCCAUGUUGCUAAAAAAAAAAAAAUUCCUGAGCUGAUGCUUAAAGGCUGUGUGAAUCUGGACUAGUCACUUCACCUCUCUGAGUCUGUGUUUGCAAAUCUAUGCAAUAGUCUAUGUGGACCAUGCUGAGGCAUGUUAUAGAAGUGCCAGGCACAGUUCUAGGCUCUGGGGAUACACCAUAAACAAGAGAGACCAAGCCCCUCUUCUCUAUGAUUCAGAGAUGGUCAUGCACUCUCUGGGCCUUAGUUUUUGCUAGAAGAGAAGAUGUCCUCCGAGGGGCCUCCCAGCUCCUUUUGGAGGCUGACAGAACUGGAGGAGAGGUGUUUGGACCAUCUGGCUGGACUGUCAGGGUGGGUCAUGUGGGGAGAAGGGGACAGGAGCCAGGCCAAACAUGGUCAUUUGCAGAAUGAGGAAAGUUUCCAGUUUCCCUGAUGGACUCUUACGCCCACAGGCCCUGAUAAGGCCCCUGCAUUUGGUCUGCAGCCUGCUUUAAGGAAGAGGUUAGUGGUAGGCUGAGAGGAAAGAGACAGCAGAUUGGCAGAGCAGCUGCUGGCAGCUUGGGCUGGCUAGGCGCACAGGUGUUUCUAGCUGUGCACAGGGACUGAUUGGCUGAGGACUCACACUGGAGAGCUCCAGACAACAUAAUAGUGAACGAGAAUGGAGUAUGAAGAUUAUAACACCUCCUUCAGUUAUGAUGAUGAAUACCCUGAUUAUUUAGACACCAUUUUUUUUUUGGAGGAGUCAGCCCCCUUGGGAGCCAGGGUGACCAGGAUCGCCAUGGUGGUGGUCUACAUCAUCAUCUGCUUCCUUGGGAUCCUGGGCAAUGGUCUGGUGAUUAUCAUUGCCACCUUCAAGAUGAAGAAGACGGUGAACACGGUCUGGUUCCUUAACCUGGCAGUGGCAGAUUUCCUGUUCAACAUCUUCCUCCCGAUCUAUAUCACCUAUGUCGCCAUGGACUACCACUGGGUUUUUGGGACGGCCAUGUGCAAGAUCAGCAACUUCCUUCUCAUCCACAACAUGUUCACCAGUGUCUUCCUGCUGACCAUGAUCAGCUUCGACCGCUGCAUCUCUGUGCUCCUCCCUGUGUGGUCUCAGAACCACCGCAGCGUUCGCCUGGCUUACGUGGCCUGCAUGGUCAUCUGGGUCCUGGCUUUCUUCUUGAGUUCCCCAUCUCUUGUCUUCCGGGACACGGCUGACAAUCAUGGGAAAAUAGCCUGCUUCAACAACUUCAGCAUGUCCGCAGCUGGGUCUUCCUUGUGGUCUGCUCAACCCCAGGUGAACCGUGUGGGGUACAACUGGCACCUGGUGGUGACCAUGACCCGCUUCCUCUUCGGCUUCCUGGUCCCAGUCCUCAUCAUUACAGUUUGCUACCUCACCAUUGUCUGCAAACUGCGGCGCAACCGCAUGGCCAAGACCAAGAAGCCCUUCAAGAUCAUUGUGACCAUCAUCAUUACCUUCUUCUUCUGCUGGUGCCCCUACCACACACUCAACCUCCUGGAGCUCCACCACAUUUCCAUCCCUACCUCUGUCUUCACCCUGGGUUUUCCUCUGGCCACUGGCUUCGCCAUUGCCAACAGCUGUAUAAACCCCAUUUUGUACGUUUUCAUGGGUCAGGACUUCAAGAAGUUCAAGGUGGCCCUCUUCUCCCGCCUGGACAAUGCUCUAAGUGAAGACACAGCCCACUCUUCCUACCUCAGCCAUAGAAGCUUUACCAAGAUGUCAUCAAUGAAUGAGAGGACUUCAGUGAAUGAGAGGGAGACCAGCAUGCUAUGAGCCUCACUGGGGAGCCCCUCAGUGGACCUUCUCAACCCAGGGGCACUUAAGGAUAUGUCUUCUGAAGAUCAAGGCAAGAACCUCUUUAGCAUCCACCAAUUUCCACUGCAUUUUUCAUGGGGAUGAACAGUGUUUUACACUGGGAAUCCAGGGCCUGGGACCCCUUUCUCCAAGUGGACAGAAUGCACUGUGUUCCACACAGCCAAGGCUGGUCUCCCAUUUAUGCUUCCUGGGAGACCAGACUUGACUGACUCAAAGUAAACAAGAAAGAAUUCUCAAAAGCACUGCCAUUAACUGGGAUUGGCAUGAGGCAGUGGGAUUAAGCUGCCUACUGUGUGUGCCCCAGAAUGACACAGACACUCUCCAUGGUCCAUUCCUGCUGUGAGCAGUGGGAGGUCAGAGCAAACCUAGUGUGACACAGAGCACACCUGGCCCUUGUCUACCUAUUAUGAGUGGCCUAUUAUCACUGGCCAGAAAGCCCUACCUUUAAGUCACUCCUCUGCAUUAAAGCAUGUGGAAACGCAUAGGUGAUCUGGGAGAGGAAGGUGCCAUAUCAGCCCAUGAACUCCAUAGACCGUGAAUUUGGCUUUUGGAUCAGCUAGGAAGACAGAGAACAGGUUCUGAGAGGUCAUGUGGGCUCUUCGCAAGGGAAGACAAGUGAGGGAUGCAACAAGGACUUGAGAUUUGGCAAAGGAAUGCGAAAGAAGAAAAGAACCUUCAAAAGAUGCAGGCAUCAAGCAGCUCACCCUAGAACAUCACAGGAUGAUGGUGCUUCACGCUGGAGCUAUUGUGGGGUGAGGGUGGUCCCAGCCCCUGAGCUCACCUUGCCCUUCUUACCUGGGGGUGGGGUUGUGGCAGGCAUCUUCACCAGCAGCCCUCACCUCAUCACAGGGAUUCUUUCGGCCUUUCCUAAUCCACUCAGCUCUGGCCGGAGGGGCUUAGAAUAAAACACUGGUGGUGGGGCUUCUCCUUCUGGUUAAUUUUCUCAAUGCCUUUGGAGAUGGGUCCAAAAUACAGCUUUGGGAAGCAACUCUGGAGAGUCCACUUGGAAGAAGAGUAUGUCCGAGGGUUCAGUCACUUGAAAGAGUCUGAAACUGGACUCCUUGAACUGUGGUCCCGAGCUGCAGACACCAAAUACCUCCUGGAUAUAGAUGCCUGGCAUAGCUUUUUUCAUCUAAUAUUGACACGUCCCUGUGGCACAGAGUGUCAUUGCCCCAUUUACAAAUGACAUAGCUGAGGCCCAGAGGGGCAAAGUAAGUUGCCCAACAUCACACAGCUAAUCAGUGGCAGAGUUAAGGUCUGAACCUGGCUCUGUCUGGCUCCAGAAACUCCUUUCCUCUAUUUGGAGUUUCUCUGUGGAGAUGAUUCUAGUGUAUUGAAAGCCUACAUUUAUUUAGCACUUUUUGUAUUACGCACUUUACAUAUGUUUUCUCAUUUAAUCAUUACAUCAACCCUGAGUUAGGUACUGCUACAACUUCCCUUUUACACAGGAGGAAUCUGAGGCUCAGAGAAGUUAAGUAAGUUGCCCAAAGAUACCCAGCUAGUCUCUGCCAGAACUUGGAUUUGAACCUCAGUCUACCUGGCUCAAAUGAGGCUGCAGAGUCAGGAAGGACCUAAAGAGGUUGGAGAUUUUUACCAUAAAUAUUGAUUCUUCUGCAAAAGAAUGUGAACAUCUUAAUGGCCUUUAAGAAGCUUUGUAAAUAAUUUUCAAAAAUGAUGCAACAUGGCAGAGAAAAUGCACUUGGCUUCCAGCUUGCUCAGCAGCCAUUAACAGCCCCCUACCGUGGCUCCACCUCCUGCGUCUCCUGAGAUGAAGGCAAUGGGGAGGGAGGGCUGGCAGGAGGCAGUCCCUUGUGGGCCCGAGUCCCUUUGGCUCCUAAGUGUCCACGUUCUGUUCUCUUCCAAGUCCUUUCAUCCUUAAGCUGAUUCUCCACCAAGAUGCAACGAACAGAUGCAAUGUCUACCCUGUGCUGGGUGAGUUCCCGAGGCCACGGGCUGUUUGGAAUCACACUUCAUUAAAAGACAAACUGUUCCUUCCCUUGUUGUGCCUUAAUGCUUAUGACAAGGCAGCUCUGAAUUGACCCCAAGCUGGAGCCUCUGAAUGUUUUAAAGAGUUUGAAUAUAGACAGUUUGAGAGCAAAAAGGGAGCUUUAAAUAUUGCUCAGUGGCCCCCAUCAUCGCUCUUCCCAUGUUUACUGAGGCACGAGAUGGUGUGGGAUCUGUCCCAGGUCACAGCAGCAGUCAUCAGCAACUUGGGCCUCUUGGCUCCUAGGAUGCUGCUUUUCCUGGGCUUCUGGGAGUCCAGGCCAGGCUGGGGGAGCCAGGAAUUCAUGUUGUCAUCAGAAAAGAUGAUCAACAGGAGCACAAUUCAAACCCACUGUUUUCCUCCUUAGAGUCUGGCCUCCCUCUUUCUGGAUGCUCUGCUGGUCUUCCUGUUCUAACUUAGGUUCCUGUCAAGUACUUAAAUGCAGCCAGAGGGUCCCGUACAGUCUUGUCCCCACAGCUUCAUGUGACCCUCUCCAUGGGUCAUGCAUAUGUCAUCCCUGCAGUGUGCAAAGUGUGCUCACCUGCAUUGUUGCGCAGGCAACCAACACACUUAGUAACCAGAGCCUUCUCUCUAGACCCAGGACUCAGUGAUGGGGCCUUAUUUAACCCUUCCUUCUGGGUGGGGUGGGCGGGCCAAGGGAUCAUGAGGACCAGAGGUAGAGGGAGAAGAAGAGAAGGCAGUGUUUGAAGAUGGGGGAGGGACAGGAGAGGGGACUGAAAGGUCCCGGAGCAUGAUGAUGAAGGAAAAGGAUCUGACAUUCAUGAAGCACCUACGAUGGUUCAGACACAAACCUGAAAACCUAAAAUUGGCCGGGGCAGAAGAGGAUCAUCAUAGCAGGGUGCGGUGGGGGCGCAGAAAGUGAGGGUUCAAGAACAGAAUUCACUAGCUCAGAGUUGCACAGCUAGUGAGGUAUGGAGCUGGGCUUUGAAUCAAGUCAGCUGCCUGAAUGCCCAACUUCUUCAGCCCUUGGAAGGAGAGGGUUGGGGGAGGAAGAAGGAAAAGAAGGAGGCGGAGGAAGAAAGAAGAGAGAGGAGGAGAGAAAUGAAGUCAAAAGAGAAAGAGGAAUUAGAUUUCAGAACUAUCUCCAGCUGACUCUUGAGCCAGCAAGGACAGGGAGCAGGGAAGAGCAAGAACACGAAGGGCCUCAGGCACUGGGAUGCCUUUGCCAGCCUUAGAUAAUUUCCAGGGUACACAGAGCCCUGCAAGUUUUCAGGCUCCCUCUCCAGAGAAUAGGCACAGAGAUUCUGGCAGCAAGGUUUAGAAGGGGUGAGGAAACUGGGCACUGACCAAGGGAGGGGAUUGGCUCAAAUUCGACCCCAGAGUUAGCUCUAGUGGGAUUGGGAGCCUGGAUGAGUGAGAGAAGAUAGAAUCCAAUCAUGAGAACAGCAAGGGACCUUCAAAUUCAUCUUGUCCAGAUGUCUCCCAUUUUGCAGUUGAGGGCACUGAGGUUUUGAGAGAUUCCCUUUGAGGUCUCUGCAAAAUAAGGUGAUGUUUGGUUUGGAUGGAAAUGGUCAGUGAUUCCUCAACUCCUGCCCUGCCUCCCUCUCUUGUUCCUCCCUGACAUGUUACACUCUUGUUGGGGCUGGGAUGCCCUAGGACCAUGGUUACCAAAUCCUGGGUUUGGAAAAUUGCUGCUGGGUGUGCUAUCUAGGACCAAAGAGGAAUAUACUAUUUCUACUGUGAACUAAUUCAGCAGGGGGUGUGCUUACUUCCUCCCUUUGAGGAAAAAGUUUCUCUCAAAUAAAGAGACCGAAGCAAGA